AUGGAGCGCAUUGAAACAUCCAAGGGUGUCUUCGUGAUUGCCGUGAACUAUACCGGUGACGUCAUGAAUUUUGGGAUGGCGACCGAGAAGGCGAAAGCCGCGGGCAUCAAGGCCGAGUUCUUUGCCAUUGGUGACGAUGUCGGAGUUGGGAGAACAAAAGGUGGCAGGGUUGGCAGGAGAGGUAUUGGUGGUAGUAUUCUAGUGUUGAAGAUUGCUGGUGCCCUUGCAGAGUCCGGUUCGUCUUUGGACGAUGUAUAUCGAAUCUCGCAACUAGCUGCAGCGAACAUUGUCUCCCUUGGCGCUUCUCUCGAACAUGUCCAUGUUCCUGGACGAGGAAUCCCAGACACAAAUUCCGACGAAAUGAUACCCCAUGAUGAAAUUGAAGUAGGAAUGGGAAUCCACAAUGAACCAGGCUCCGACCGAAUCAAAGCUACCGGAGAGGAGCUGAUCAAGCGCAUGCUUGUCCAGCUACUGGAUCAAAAUGAUAAGGAUCGUGCAUUCCUGAAAUACUCCGCAUCGGACGAAUUCGUCCUGCUCAUCAACAACCUUGGAGCCGGUACAUAUGACACCAAGAAAGCCGUCGUAGCGGAAGAAACCCCGUCCAACCUCCAACUUGAUCCCACCAUCCUCAAGAAAGUCCUAACAUCCGGCCUUAACCGCGUAAUCGACGCCGAACCACUCAUAACGAAAUACGACACCAUCGUCGGCGAUGGCGACUGCGGCAUCGGCCUCAAGCGUGGCGCCCAUGCCAUCCUCUCCUACCUUGAUGCGCCUCCCACCCCUCUCACAUACGACCUCGUCACCUCCCUCCACAAAAUCAUCACCAUCGUCGAAAACACCAUGGACGGCACCAGUGGCGCCGUCUACGCCAUCUUCCUCAACGCCCUCGCGCACGGCCUCCGCGAACAGGCCCCAGGCUCAGCUCCCAAGCCCGUUACCGCGAAGGUGUGGUCUGGUGCGCUGCAUCAUUCCCUGCGCGCUCUGGGGAAGUACACCCCCGCGCAGGUUGGUGAUAGGACGCUGAUCGACGCGCUUGCGCCGUUUAUUACCACGCUGGCGGAGUCUGGGGAUCUGGGAACAGCUGUGAAGGCCGCGGAGGAUGCGACGGAGGCGACAAAGCAUAUGAAAGCAAGUUUGGGGCGGGCUGUGUAUGUGGGUGGUGAGGAGGAGUGGAUUGGCAAGGUGCCGGAUCCAGGGGCAUUUGGCCUGGCGCAGUUUUUGAGGGGUGUUGCGGAUGCGGUGUAA